AUGAAGAUUUUAUCAUUAUUAGUUGUAGGUGCCUUAUGUAUGGGAGGUAAAGUUUAUGGUGAAGUUAAUGGUGAUUGGAACAAUAAUGGUGAUUGGAACAAUAAUGGCGAUUGGAACAAUAAUGGUGAUUGGAACAAUAAUGGUCCAAUUUUAGACUGUUCAACACUUCAAUGUCCACCAAGAUAUCAUUGUGAAGUAAAUAAUGGUAAUAGACAAUGUGUUGAAGAUCAAAUUACAUUGCCACCAUUUGAUAAAUGUGAUAAUGUCCAUUGUCCAAAAGGAUUUAAUUGCAAAUAUGAUUGGGAAAAAGAUCUUGCUCUUUGUGUUCCAUGGAGACCAUAUCCACCAGUUUGUAGAACUAGAUGUCCAGAAGGUCAUGAAUGUAAAGUUGAUGAAUGGGGUAAAGAAUGUUGCGUAAAGAUCAAAUGUGAUGAUAUUUGUGACUUGCGUUGUCCAAAGGGUCAUGAAUGCAAGAUCAAACAUGAUGGUAGUAAAUGCUGUGUCCGUUCAUGGAGACCAAGACCACAUAAACCACAUCCACGUCCACCAAUCUGCAGAUUAAGAUGUCCACCAGGUCAUGAAUGCAAACAUGAUGAACAUGGUAAAGAAUGUUGCGUUAAAAAACGUCAUCAUGAUAGAUGUGACCUCAAAUGUAAGAGAGGUUAUGAAUGUAAAAUCAAACAUGAUGGCUCCAAAUGUUGUGUCAAGAGAACUCCAAAGAGACCAUGUUGUAAACCAAAUUCAUGUGCCAGAGAUGAAAAAUGUGUUGCCACCAAAGACAGAAUCAUUUGUGUAAAACCAACUUGUGAUAAUACUCGUUGUCCUCCAAAUUACCAUUGCAUAUGUGGUGAUAAAAUUGAUGGUGUAAAAUGUGUUCCAGAUUGUAAGAAAGCAAGAUGUGAUGAUGUCGAAUGUCCAGAUUUCCAUAGAUGUGUUGAAAGACGUGGUGGUAUCUUAAGUUGUGAAUUUGAUCCACCAAGACAACCAAGAUCCCUUGAUUGGGCUGAAAAUGAAAAUGAUGAUCGUGACUAUGAUGAUCGUGACUAUGAUGAUGAUGAAUAUGAUGGUGAUUAUGAUGGCCGUGACGGUGACUAUGAUGGUGAUUAUGAUGGUGAUUAUGAUGAUGACAAUUAUUAUGGUGAUGAUGACUAUGAUAAUGAUUGGGACAAUGAUAAUGAUUGGGGUAAUGAUUGGGAUAAUGAUUGGGACAAUGAAGAUGGUGAUAAUUGGAAUGAUGAUGACUUCCAAGAUGCAAAUGAUGAAUGGGACUAUUAA